AUGGCGCCCAAGCCAAUCGCCAACCCGAACCUUCCCAAGCCGCCCUCUGGCAAGUAUCCAGCCAAGGCCCACGCACGGAGAGUCGCAAAAUGGAUUGCUGAGAAUGGCGGUCCAUCAAGUGGAGUCAUCUACCUGGAAGGCCAGAGCGAGAAGAUAGUCGAAGACGACGAUACGACUGCUCACUUCAGACAACGUCGCCAUUUCUUCUACUUGACUGGAUGUGAUCAACCGGACUGCUUCUUUGCAUACGACAUCGCCUCUGACAGAUCAACGCUAUGGAUUCCUCCCGUUGAUCCAGAGUCGGUGAUGUGGGCAGGCUUGCCUCUCCUUCCGAAUGAAGCCAAGGAACGGUACGACAUCGACCAGGUCCUCACAACAGAUGACCUCAAAUCUGGAGAGUCUCUCGUCAGCAUGCUCGGAAAGGAAAAGAAGACUCCCAUCUUCGUCAUCAAAGAUCGCGCCGACUUGUCCAUUUUCAAACAAGAAAACGUCCUCGCCACGGAUCCAGAAAUCGACUUUGACUGGGCCCGCAAAGCGAUUGAGACAUGCAGAGUCGUCAAAGACUCCUUCGAAAUCUCUCUAAUUCGCCACGCAAACAUCGUCUCCUCCUACGCCCACGAACAAGUCCUGGCCUCAGCGACACGUGCUUCCAACGAGCGCGAGCUCAACGCCCUGUUCGUCAUGCACUGCCACGCCAACGGCUGCAAAGAGCAGGCCUACGGCUGUAUCUGUGCUGCCGGUACAGCAGGUAGUACUCUCCACUACGUCCACAACGACAUGCCCCUUCAAGGCAAAGACAACAUUCUCCUCGACGCAGGUUGCGAAUACAGCUGCUACUGCGCAGACAUCACCCGCACGUUCCCCAUCACCAAAGAUGGAAAAUUCACCAAAGAAUCGAAGCAGAUCUACGAACUCGUCCUUCUCAUGCAGACGGAAUGUAUGGGAAUGAUCAAAGCAGGAAUGGUCUGGGAAGAUGUACAUAUGAAAGCUCACAUCGUCGCGGCAGAAGGCCUGCAGAAGCUAGGCAUCUUCAACAAGGAUCUCUCUGUGCAGGAGAUUCUAGACUCCCAGAUCACGACGAGAUUCUUCCCUCACGGUCUUGGUCAUUACCUAGGAAUGGACACGCAUGACACGGGAGGAAAUGCGAAUUACGCUGAUUCGAAUCCUUUCUUCGCAUAUCUCCGUGUGAGAGGAACGGUUCCURCGGGAGCUGUCAUUACCAAUGAGCCGGGUAUAUAUUUCAGAAAGUACCCACUCGAGAAGGAGCUUGAGGAUGGAAAGUGGGAUGGUGUUGUGGACCAGAAGGUUCUCAAGAAUUACUGGGCGGUUGGAGGCGUGAGAAUUGAGGAUGAUAUCGUGGUUUUGGAAGGGGGAUAUGAGAACUUGACGACAGUGAAGAGUGAUUGGGAGAGUGUGCAGGCCAUGGUGCUUGGAGGGGCGGCGGCUUGA